CACAAUUUAUCAUGGAUCAAGCAAAAGAUAAGUUCCGAAAAUGCAAAAAACUACAAACAAAGACCCAAAACGUCCCCCUUAUAGAGGAACUAAUAAAAACCACACUUACGGAAGACCUGCUCGCCCGUUUCAACGUCCCAGCCCAUACACGACAAUUUCUCCUCAAAAAAAAAUGCCAAAUGGCGAAAGACACCAAGAAGAAAGAACUGAAAAAAAAACUAAAAGAGUUGUACCCAGAAAUUCCCCAAAAAAAUACUCCACAAUAUGAUAUACGCAAAUAUGCGCAGUCUGGACCCAAAACUAUGAAGAUCAUGUUCCAGUGGAAAUGUAUAAUGGAAAGAGUCCAUACAGGUGGUUUGGAGAACAAAUACCCCCAGAUAGUAGAAACUAUUUUGGAUGAAGCAAGAGAUGAGUUUAUCGAAACGGUUCACGGAGUGAGCGUCAACGUGAAAACGAGACCUAUGGGAAACGACGAACACAUCCACCUAGAACCUUUAAAAUUUUUUGGAAAGACGAAAAGGUACAACGUUUAUUUAAAGCACCGUCAAUACAUGUUAUGGAAAUGGAAACUUCACCAUCCCCUAAUUCGAGCAAUCUUGAAGGAAUGUGUCACAUUCUUACCAGACAAGCUGUUCGAUUUUGGGGAGAAAAGUAGCGAACCGGUAGACAUCGUAACGUUGGCUGAAAAGUUUGCCACCUAUGUGAAGGAAUCGAAACUUCUUUUUAAAGAACUUUACUUAAAACUGACAGUACUGGUGCAGAAAGACAAAAGCGAUAACACCGAUUAUUUGAAAGCAUGUACCGGUCUGUUUGGAGUGUACAUGAGUCAAGCACUUAUCGAAACGAUGAAAUAUAUCGUGAGGGCAACGGGGAAUGAGGAUUUGAUACCAUAUCUUAAAUUAACUCUCAUUUUUGGUGAAGUAGGUCUAACUUUGAAGCCAACAAUGAAUGACGUCAUCGAUCUUUAUUCUCGAUUCUUGCAUGACCUAGUUGCGACUGGUAAAAAAUUUCCAGUUUUGAAUUCGGCGAAACAAGAAGGAGAAGCAGAGGACUCGGAGCUGACUCAUCUGAAUGUCACUGACGAUUUCCUCGAACAUUGUAUUGAACAAAUGUCACUCAACAUUUCGAAGAUGUAUGAACCUAUUUUUAGUUACCUCGAGUAUGUAGAGUCAGAAUUUGGGGAUCUAUAUUCAGAAUUUGAUAUCCACAAAGAAGUAGAAGAUAAACAAAUGCUUUUCACGAACGGCUUUAAUCAAAUAGCCUAUUACAAAAGUUACAUAAAAAAAGCUAACACAAAUUUAACCAACGAAUAUUUUGCCAUAGGUCAACUGAUACUUUCCGAGUACGUUGAUAAUCUCAAAGCGUCUUUACAACGUCUCAUCGACGAAAUUUUGGGUAAACUCAGUUUGGAACACCGUUUGGAAGAUGAAGCAAUUUGUCAGUGUUUCCAAGAUAUCAGAGAGAAAGCUCUAGAAGUACCAACUAACAGCGAAGAAUUAAUGGAGCAAGGCAAGUACAUGAUCUGGGUAAAAACAGUUCAUCUCAUAGAACUUGCGGAGCGAAUCCAGCAGAUGUUAUAUAAUCUGACCCACUUGUUCGAAUAUGGCGAAAUCUCUCAACAACAUAUGGAUCUAAAUUCAGACACGGUUAACUGGCUAAAAAAUGUCGAACCCAUCUUAGAACAAAGUUCCGUCAUGUACGAACAAUUCAAAUUUGAAGCAGAAGAAAAACUUCAAAAAACCAAAGAUGAAGUUGCUGUCGCUUUGCAAACACUGCUGCCGUAUCUCGUGAUCUUGAAUGACAUGGACGAUGUGGAAAACGUACGUCAGUACGUUCACAGAAUGGCGCCUUUUUUAGAAGUCAUGCGUGACGCUCUGAAGAAGAUCAUUUGGAGUAAUCACGAAGAAGAGGUUCUGGGUUUCGGCGUAACCAUUUUUUUGAAGUACGAGGAGAUGGCGAACUUCUUGUUCCCUUUUUACCAUUUAUUGAAAGUUUGUUUAAAUCUGAAAAGAAAAAUUGCAGUGUGGCUUGAUGGACAAUUUGAAUUUCUUAAUGCAGAGGAAACCGAGUUGAUGCUAGAAGACUUUCAGAAGGAGCUUUUGAAAAUUCAAAAGAUGUACAGGAAUAAAAUAAAGCAAGCUCUAGCUGAGAAUGUUGCCUUGCGAUUUGAUGGUAUACUUGAUGAUCCAGAACUUGUCAACUGGCCAGCGCCGCUUAAACUGACUGCGAGAGCAAUCCAAGACAUUAAAGAUUUUAGGCCUGCAUUAACAAUGAUGAAAAUUAUGUGUAAUGACGCCUUGCUGAAGAGACACUGGAAAGAAAUGUCUGAGAUCGCCGGUUUUGAUAUGACUCCGAACGCAGGUACUUCGUUGAGAAAGUUAAUGGGUAUGGGUCUAGAACCUGAUAUGGACAAAUAUGAGAUUAUUAGUACCAGUGCAACCAAAGAAAGAGAACUUUUGGUCAACCUCAACAAAAUGCAAGAAGAAUGGGUCGAUAUUCGUUUCAAAACCGGUACUUAUAAAGACACAGGAAUCAAUAUUCUAACUCAGUUGGAUGAUGUUCAAGUCAUUCUCGAUGACCAUAUUCUGAAGACUUUAACCAUGAGAGGGUCCGUUUUUGUCAGACCUUAUGAAACUGAAGUAAGGGCUUUUUACGAGAAAUUAUUGAGAAUAAACAAUACGAUAGAAGAAUGGGGCAAAGUACAGUCACAGUGGCUUUACUUACUCCCAAUUUUUUCAUCAAAAGAUAUUGUAGCACAAAUGCCAGAAGAAGGGCAACUUUUUAAAGAAGUCAACGACACGUACAAGCGGUACAUGGACAUGGUUAUGAGAGACUCGAGAGUUGUUGAAACAGCAGGCGCUGCUGGAGUUCUAGAAGCAAUGGUUCAUUGUAUAGAACUCCUUGAGAAAAUCAACGACGGCGUGGUAUCAUAUCUAGAGAAAAAACGACUUUUUUUUCCGCGAUUUUUCUUCUUGUCGAACGACGAAAUGUUGGAGAUUUUGUCCGAAACAAAAGAUCCUCUAAGAGUACAACCUCACCUCAAGAAAUGUUUUGAAGCCAUCAAUCGUCUCAAUUUCGACGACCAAUUACAGAUCCAUGCCAUGUAUAGCCAAGAAGACGAAGAAAUAGAGUUCGUUAAAAUGAUCAAAACCAAAGAAUUUGGAGGAAGUGUCGAAAAAUGGCUCAUUCUUGUUGAAGAGCAAAUGAUAAAAUCAGUCAGGGAACAAAUAAUUCAAAGCUUUAAGAACUACGCUGUCACGCCACGAACGAAAUGGGUACAAAAAUGGCCGGGUCAAGUGGUGUUAGCAGUGUCACAAGUAUACUGGACUACGAGCGUUCACCAAGCACUGAAUCGUGUCGAAGACAUGACGAUAAAUGGACUUGCUAGUAGUCUUAAGAACCAACUUAAAGAGAUAGUCGGGCUGAUCAGAGACCCAACUUUAACGAAUCUUUCAAGAAUAACCAUCAAAGCUCUAAUCGUAAUUGACGUACACGCAAAAGACGUCGUUCAAGACUUGGCCGACAAGAAAGUGAAGGACGAUAAAGAAUUUAAGUGGUUGUCACAGUUAAGGUACUACUUGGAAGAAAACGAAUGUUACGUCCGACUUGUCAACGCAACAGUCAAAUACGCGUACGAAUACCUAGGAAACACGGAUCGUCUGGUAAUUACACCCCUGACGGACAGGUGUUACAGAACUUUAAUCGGUGCAUACCAUCUACAUUUGAAUGGAGCCCCCGAAGGUCCCGCAGGUACCGGCAAAACCGAGACUACUAAAGAUUUAGCAAAAGCAAUCGCUGUACAGUGUGUUGUCUUUAACUGCUCCGAUGGUUUGGAUUACAAGGCCAUGGGGAAGUUUUUUAAAGGACUGGCGUCGUGUGGUGCUUGGGCCUGUUUCGACGAAUUUAAUCGAAUCGACAUUGAAGUACUGUCUGUGGUAGCCCAGCAGAUUCUAUCCAUAAUAUUGGCAGUUCGUGCUAACUUACCCAAAUUUCUUUUCGAAGGGUCAGAAAUUCAAUUAAAUCCCACUUGCUAUGUAUGUAUCACCAUGAAUCCAGGAUAUGCAGGACGUUCGGAACUGCCCGAUAACUUGAAAGUGCUGUUUCGCACGGUCGCCAUGAUGGUACCCGACUAUGCCAUGAUUGGAGAAAUCUCGUUGUACUCGUACGGUUUUAUCGAUGCGAGAAACUUAUCUGUGAAGAUAGUCACAACGUAUCGCUUGUGUUCGGAACAACUGUCUUCACAGAAUCACUACGAUUACGGCAUGAGAGCUGUGAAGUCGGUCUUGUCGGCUGCUGGUAACAACAAGAGAAAAUUUCCCGACGAACAAGAAGAUAUUCUGCUUUUGAGGGCCAUUUUAGAUGUCAACCUACCGAAAUUUCUGAAUCAUGAUAUCCCACUUUUUGAAGGAAUUAUCUCGGAUUUGUUCCCAGGGGUUGUUUUACCAGAAGCUGAUUAUAAGAUGUUGACAGACGCUAUAAUGGUUUGUUGCAAGAAACGUAAUCUUCAACCAAAAGCUUCUUUUCUGUUAAAAAUCAUACAAACGUACGAAAUGAUGAUCGUGAGAUGGGGUUUUAUGAUUGUGGGAGAGCCAUUUGCGGGGAAAUCUUCAACAUUGAAGGUUUUGGCCGACACAUUAUCGCUUAUUAAUGAACAAGGACAAGGAGAAUCACAAGUAUGUUAUACGAUAUUGAAUCCAAAGGCUAUAACGAUGGGUCAGUUGUACGGUCAAUUUGAUCCCAUUUCCUACGAAUGGUCCGAUGGAGUCGUCGCCACCUGUUUUCGAAAUUAUGCUAAUGAUCCCAGUCCCGACAGAAAGUGGAUUAUAUUUGAUGGACCUGUAGAUGCCGUUUGGAUUGAAAAUAUGAACAGUGUUUUAGACGAUAACAAGAAGCUUUGUUUGAUGAGUGGAGAAGUUAUGACAUUGUCGAGCACCAUGUCGUUGAUUUUUGAAGUAAUGGACUUGGAACAGGCAUCGCCGGCCACGGUAUCGCGUUGUGGUAUGAUCUAUAUGGAAGCUGUAACUCUCGGCUGGGAACCUUUUCUUACCUCUUGGCUCGUCAAUUGUAACCAAGAGUGGUGUUAUGAUGAAUACAGAAUCCUCACCAAAGACCUUUUCUAUUGGAUUAUACCGCCGUGUUUGUACUUCCUUAGAAAAUACUGCAUUCAGUACUGUAAUAUCGGAAUGAUAAAUCUAGUAAAAAAUAUGAUGCAACUGGUUGAAAUGACACUGAAUAAAGCUUGUGAGGAGGUCAUCAAAGCGGACGAAAAAGAGAAAAAUUUAUUAAUAUGGAUGCAAGCGGCUUUUCUUCAAGCAGGAAUAUGGGGGUUGGGAUGUGUUCUAGAUACAGAAUCAAAGGUGAAGUUUGAUACGUUCUACAAACAACUGUGGCGAGGUCAACUGGAAGAUAAUCCUUAUCCAGCAUCCCUAGAGAAGCUUGAAAUCAGCAUCCCGAUUGAAGGCUUGCUCUAUGAUUACGCAUACAAUUAUAGAAUGAAGGGCACCUGGAAGUUCUGGCCGGAAGUUGUGAAAAACGAAAGGGUAGAUGAAUGUAAGAAUAUCUUACAAGCUUUAAUUCCCACCGUUGAUACGGGGAGAUAUAUGGCUUUGGUAGAAAUGCACAUUAAAAAUAACGCACCCGUGUUACUAGUAGGACCAACUGGUACUGGAAAGAGCUUCUACAUUCAAGAUCUCCUCAUGAACCAACUGGAUAAAGAAAUGUACUUGCCUUCAUUCAUCACGUUCACAGUAAAAGUCACAGCUAAUCAGACCCAAAAUUUGAUUAUUUCUAAAUUGAACAAACUACGAAGAUAUCAUUACGGAGCACCAAAAGGCAAAACUGCUGUUCUUUUUAUAGACGAUAUCAACAUGCCUUAUAAAGAAACUUACGGGGCGCAACCACCUAUCGAACUCCUGCGCCAGUACUUCGACCACAAAAAUUGGUACGAUCUUAAAACCACAGCACCGGUUUUCUUACACCGAGUAAUCUUUCUGGCAGCUAUGGGUCUCGUGGGAGGUAGCAGACAAGAAAUUUAUCCACGAUUCCUCAGGCACUUCAGCAUUUUUUCCAUAAAUGAAUUUUCCGAGGAAACCAUGGCGAAAAUCUAUAUAAACAUUUUACAUUUGGGUUGGAAAAAUAACGGUUUCCCUAGCGAUAUUAUCAACAUGGCUGUACAAACAGUGAACGCAAGUUUAGAAAUUUUCAAAUCUGCUACAGAAAAUUUACGGCCUACUCCGUCAAAAAGUCACUAUGUUUUCAAUCUGCGUGACUUUUCUCGUUUGAUUCAAGGUUGUGCCAUGUUGCGAAAAGAGUGUGCGGAAGAGAGAGUUGUCUUUGCAAAGAUUUGGGUCCACGAAGUCUUGCGUAUUUUCUACGAUAGACUAAUUGAAAAUGCCGACAAGGCAUGGUUGUUUUCAAAAAUCAAACUUGUUGUUCGUGAUAGCUUCAAAGAGCAUUUCGACAAUGUCUUUGAUUAUUUGCCAAAAGAUUCUGAAAAUAAUUUAACUUUGGAUUCGUUGAAGAGGCUCAUGUUUGGGACUUACUUUGAUCAAGAUUCAGAUGACGACGAAAGGCGAUAUGAGGAAACAGCGAACAUAGGUGCCUUCGCUGCGUUGUGCCAAAGUUGUCUGGAUGACUAUAACGCUUCUCAUAAAACCAAAAUGGAUGUGGUACUUUUCGAUUACGCUUUGGAACAUCUGUCGAAGCUUUGUCGUGUUUUGUCGAUGGCUUGCGGAAGCGCUCUCCUAGUCGGUAUCAGUGGUUCUGGAAGACAGUCUCUAACUAGACUAGCUAGCGAAAUUUAUGGUCAAGCCUUAUUCCAGCCAGAAAUUACAAACAACUACGGUUUAAACGAAUGGAGGGAUGAUAUUAAGAAAAUACUCAAGGAAGCGGGAGGCAGAGGACGGCAUUGUGUGUUUUUGAUUACUGAAGGGCAAAUUAAAGAGGAAUCGUUCUUGCAGGACAUCGACUGCCUCCUCAACUCGGGCGAAGUACCCAAUAUAUACCAAAUAGACGAGAGACAAGAAAUUUUGGAAAUGGUGAGACUCGCAGCUCAGGGAGGCAAUAGAAAUCUUGAUAUAAGUGCCUUGUCGAUCUUUUAUUUCUUCACAAAGAGAUGUCGGGAGAAAGUACACACAGUGUUGUGCUUCAGUCCCGUUGGAUCGACUUUCAGAAAUCGGUUAAGGCUAUAUCCUGCUCUUAUUAACUGUUGCACGAUAGACUGGUUCGACGACUGGCCAGAAAAUGCCCUCGAGGAAGUAGCCCAGAAAUGGAUGGUAGACGUUAAUUUAUCCGAUGAAGUGAAACAACAAGCUGUUGUGGCUUGCAAGUACUUUCACGUUGAAGCUCGUAAAGUUUCAGAUGGAUUCCAUAUAGCGACUGGUCGAAAAACGUACAUCACUUCCGCGUCUUAUCUAGAACUCAUUAAGUCUUUCACGUUACUUACGAACAGCAAGCAAAAGGAAAUUCUUAAGACUCAAGAAAGAUAUAUUGGUGGUUUGAAAAAACUUUUGUUCGCAGCCGAACAAAUCGCUGAGAUGCAGCGAAACUUGGCAAUAUUAAGACCACAGUUAGAAGAGAUGAACCGCAAAGCUAUCGACAUGAUGAAGCAGAUUGAGACCGAAACCAUCGAAGUUGAGAAAGCAUCCGAGCUUGUUAAAAAAGACGAAAAGGUAGCCAACGUGCAGGCCGCAAUGGCUUCCGCUUUAAAGAAAGAGUGUGAAGCAGAUUUAGCUGAAGCGAUUCCGAUUUUAGAAGAUGCCAUUAAGGCGCUGGACACUCUGAAACCUUCAGAUAUCGUACUGGUGAAGUCUAUGAAGAAUCCACCCGCCGCAAUUAAGUUGGUGAUGGCUGCCGUGUGCAUCAUGAAAGACAUUAAGCCUGCAAGAAUUCGAGAUCCAGCGUCUGGCAGAAUGAAUUUGGACUUUUGGGGACCUAGUGUCAAACUUCUAGGGGAGAUGACCUUCUUACAAGGUCUAAAAGACUACGAUAAAGAUAAUAUAAAACCCGAGAUAAUGGUGAAGAUCCGAAAAGAGUAUCUCCCACAUAAAGAUUUCAAGCCCCAAAUUGUCGCCAAAGCAUCAAGUGCUGCUGAAGGUCUGUGUAAGUGGAUAAUUGCGUUGGAUAAAUACGAUAAAGUUAAUAAAGUUGUGGCUCCGAAAAAAGCGAAACUGGAAAGCGCGGAACGAGAAUUUGCCGCGACCAUGGAGAUACUUAGAGCUAAAAGAGCACAAGUCGCACAGUUAGAAGAGAAACUUCGCAUUUUGAACGAACAGCUAGAAGAAGCACAACUGAGGCAAGCGGAGCUCCAAGCUGACGUCGAUUUGUGUCGAAACAAAUUGAUACGAGCACAGAAACUUAUCGGUGGUCUUGGUGGAGAGAAAUCCAGGUGGACGGCAGCAGCCGAGGCGUUACAAGUCCAACAUGAUUCUUUAGCUGGUGACAUCCUAGUGUCGAGCGGCAUUAUGGCUUACUUGUCACCUUUGACGGCCUAUUACCGACAAAAAACUGUUUCCGACUGGCACAAACUUGUUAAGAAAUUGAAAAUACCUUGUUCGGAAGUGUUUGACUUCGUAGUUGUAUUAGGCGAUGAUGUUAAAAUACAAAACUGGUACAUAAGUGGGCUGCCGCGGGACGCAUUCUCGACAGAAAACGGAAUGAUACAAGACAAUUCAAAAAAGUGGUCACUGUUUAUAGAUCCACAGUACCAAGCAAGCAACUGGAUAAAGAAAAUGGAAAAAAAGAACUCACUGUACGUUGUGAAAUUUUCUCAUGCAGAUUAUAUGAAAACAAUCGAGAACUGCAUUCAGAACGGCUUUCCAGUUUUAAUUGAAAGCAUCGGUGAAGUUUUAGAAGCACCGAUCGACCCCAUUUUGUACAAAAAAGUUUUCAAACAAGCAGGAUUUGAAGUAAUAAGUUUAGGAGAGAACGUGAUUCCGUACAACCAAAAUUUUAGAAUGUAUCUGUCAUCACCCUUGCGAAACCCCCACUACUUACCUGAAGUCUUCAACAGAGUGACAGUCAUCAAUUUUGCUCUAACUCUAGAAGGUCUGCAAGACCAACUUUUAGGCAUCGUCGUUGCAGUAGAAAAACCAGAAUUACAACGGUUAAAAGAAGAAUUAAUCGUACAAAAAGCUGAAAACAAAGGUGCUUUAGAUGAUGUUGAACGCAACAUCCUAAAAACUCUAGCUGAAUGUAAAGGUGAUAUUUUAGAGGACGAAACAGCAAUACAGAUUCUCGAUGAAUCCAAAUUAUUAUCUGCAACGAUCCGUGACAAACAAGCUAAAUCCUUGGAAAUCGAAAAAUCUAUUGAAGAAUUUCGAGUGAUGUAUCAAGGUGUGGCCGAACAUUCGGCAGUUCUCUAUUACUGCAUCUGCGAUCUAGGAAACGUAGAUCCGAUGUACCAGUACUCACUAGACUGGUUCAUCAAUCUGUACAUCGGAUCCAUUCAGAGAGCCGAAAAAUGCAAAAGCGUGGAAAAGCGGUGCGCCAAUCUUAUCACAGCUUUCACUUUUGACCUCUACUCGAACAUAACGCGAUCAUUGUUUGAGAAAGACAAACUAUUGUUUUCGUUCUUGUUGUGUUCAAAGAUUUUAAUCUUUAACAAGACUUUGGACGAAAAAGAGUUUAUGUUCUUAAUGACAGGAGGGAUAAAUGUUGAGAAUACCCUAAAGAAUCCACUAGAAUGGUUACCAAAACUGUCAUGGGAUCAAAUAUGCCGAGUAAGCGACCUACCAGCUUUUCACAAUUUUAAGGAUUCGUUUGUUGAACGAUCGCACGACUGGAAGAAAAUCUACGACAGCUACCAACCGGAAAACGAAAAAUUGCCACCACCCUGGCAAGAUAAUCUCAAUACCUUUGGAAAACUGACUGUGCUACGUAUUCUUCGUCCUGACAAGUUGUUGGUGGGAGCCACCAAUUACAUCGCUAAAGAAAUGGGUGUAAAAUAUAUAACGCCACCCCAGUUUAACAUUUCCGUUUCGUAUAACGAAUCGUAUAAUUUAUGUCCGUUGAUCUUUAUCCUAUCACCUGGUACCGAUCCUAUGGCUGCUUUGGUAAAAUUUGCCGAAGAAAAGAAAUAUGUCGAACAAUUUCAGUCGAUUUCUUUAGGACAAGGACAAGGUCCACGUGCUGCUGCCCUAAUUCAACAAGGUCAAAACGAAGGGCUUUGGGUGUGCCUGCAGAAUUGUCACCUUGCAACGUCAUGGAUGCCAAGUCUUGAGAAAAUCUUCGAAGAUAUGGAUUACACAAAUACAGACGAUAAUUUUCGACUGUGGUUAACGAGUUACCCUUCCGAUAAAUUUCCAGUGUCUAUAUUGCAGAAGGGAGUUAAAAUUACCAAUGAGCCUCCAAGUGGUCUUAAAGAUAACCUUCUGAAAUCGUACCUCAACGAUCCUGUCAAAAACCAAGAAUUCUUUAACGGAUGCCCAGGAAAUCAAGAAAUGUUUGUGAAGCUGUUAUAUGGCAUCGCAUUCUUCCACGCCGUUGUACAAGAGAGACGUACUUUUGGACCACUAGGGUGGAAUAUACCAUACGGGUUUAACGAUUCCGAUUUUGAUAUAUCGGUUCAGCAACUACGAAUGUUUAUCAACGAGAGUGACGAUCCAUAUGAAGCCCUCUCUUAUCUGAUCGGUGAAUGCAACUACGGAGGUCGAGUAACGGAUGACUGGGAUCGUCGCUUGAUCACGACCAUCUUAGAAGACUUUCUCAAUCCGAAUUUAGUCAGUGCAAGUAACUAUCUCUUCAGCGACGCUGCAGAAUGCUAUGGUCUCCCAACAAAAAUCGACUAUCCAGAUUUCAUAAAUCAUAUACAGAACCUCCCUGUGAUUCAUCCUCCUCAAGUGUUUGGUCUCAAUACAAACGCAGGAAUAACUCGUGAUUUGCAGAACUCUCACAGACUACUGAAUUCAGCCUUAAUGGCCUAUGGUGAGGGUCAAUCAGGCAUGACCGGUGAAACCGACAAGUACAUAAUGACAUUGUGUUCCGAUAUUUUGUCCAAAUUGCCUCCACCUUUUGAUCAAGAAGUAGCAAUGCAACGUUACCCUGUUCAGUAUUCCGAAUCAAUGAAUACCGUUUUGGUACAAGAAAUGGAACGUUUCAACAAACUCCUUGGUGUGAUCCGAACCUCUUUAAUUAAUAUGCAGAAAGCCAUCCAGGGCCUAAUCUCAAUGACCCCAGCUUUAGAAUCCUUUUCUGCGUCUCUUCUAGUAGCUCGAAUCCCGAAAAACUGGGCCGGUGCUUCGUACCCCAGUUUAAAAAACUUACCCAAUUACGUAGCGGAUUUUGUAGAAAGAAUCGUGUUUUUGGAUACGUGGUACCAGAAUGGGAAACCAAAUGAUUACUGGGUAUCUGGGUUUUACUUUACCCAAGCGUUUUUGACUGGUGUUAAGCAAAACUAUGCUCGAAAAUACACCAUUCCUAUUGACCAACUCACUUUCGAUUUUGCAGUUAUGAAGAAAGAUAGGGAAAAUCAAGCACCUCCAGAUGGUGCCUACAUUUAUGGAUUGUUCAUGGAUGGUGCUAGAUGGGAAAGAAGUACACAGCAAAUUGUCGAAUUAUUGCCAAAAAUUUUACAUGACAACAUGCCUUUAAUUUGGAUAAAACCUAUUAAAGACGUCGACUAUAAAGAGAGAGGCAGAUACAAGUGUCCGGUUUAUAAGACUUCAGAAAGAAGAGGCGUUUUGUCUACAACGGGUCAUUCUACAAAUUAUGUGCUUCCAGUUUUACUGAAAACUACCAUUACUCCUGCACAUUGGAUUAAAAGAAGCGUGGCCCUACUUUGUCAGCUAGAUUAGCCAAUCAA